AUGGAGGAGGUGGGGGAGAGACCGAGAGGAGCGGCUGCGAGGGAGAUCAGCGCGGCGGCGGUGGAGGAGAGUGGCGGAGAUGGAGAUGGGGAAAGGAAGAAGGAGAGUGGCGGCCGAGCGAAUGGAUAUGGUAAGGAGGGAGCGGGCGAGGGGUACAGGCGCGUCCAGGCGCGUCCAGGCCGCUGGACCGAGGCGAAAAAUUUCGGAUUCGGGAGUCUGGAGUCCAAAAUGUGA